AUGCCACCCAUAGAAGAAGAGCAAGGUGGAACACAUAUUUGUAUAGUAGGAGGUGGAGGCGGAGGGGGUGGCGGGGGUGGUGGAAGAGGUGGUGGACGAGGUCUUCUUCGCCGGCAUCGUGGCCUGCAUGAUGGAUAUGACAUAGGCUGCACAUAUGUCUCCGUACGUAUUACUUUCGUUACUACUGCUGUGCUUGUGCAACUGCUACCGAUACAUCGUCGUUGCCUGCAAAAACAGUGA